AUGGGGCCUGCCGAUGGAAGCACUGACUCGACUGUAACGUAUGCCGAAUCACUUAUAUCAAGGUUUCACGAACGGAAUGUUGGUUUUCGAAUACGUAGUGGCACGGAAAGUGGAGGUGUCGGCUUUGCGAAGAACCAAGCGGUAAAAAUGUCUUCUGGACGGUUUAUCUCUUUCUGUGAUGCGGAUGAUGUUUCGGAGCCAAGCAGAUUACAGGAACAGUACAACUUGGCGAUUUCUCAGAGGAGCGAUUUGGUUUUUAUUGGUAGUAACUUCACCAGAAUACCGGAAGGAUCCACUGAACGCUAUACUAAAUGGACCCAUGAUUUGACAAACGAAGAAUUGAAAUUGCAGGUGUAUACGUCGCAUGGGCCCACUUUUAUAGCUCCUACAUGGUUCAUCUCAAGAAAACUCUUUUCUGCGGUAGGCGGUUUCAAAGACGACGUGCGCUUUGGGUUUCCCGAAGAUCUCGAUUUUUUCUACCGUGCAUUAGACAUCGAUGAUGUUGCAUUCUCUAAAGUAUGUAAACCCCUAGUGAACUAUCGUUCACUCCGGAUGUGCUUCUUUUGGUGUUUCCGAAGCUGCUAUAUGGAACAUGCGUGUGGAAUCUGCGCUCUUACAUUCCCAAAGAAGAUCAAACGAGCAUGGCUGGAGGAUUAUGACGAAAAAGCACGAGUAGUUCGGUGGAAACUACCCAUUGUUCAUGUGAAGCUGCGUAUUAGCAUCGAAAGAAUGUGGCAAGAUGCCCGUGACAUCUUCGCUCAAGUUCGUGAAGCUACCUCGGAAUUCGAAGAUGUUUGGAUGAAUAUAGCUCAUGUAUAUAUCGAACUUGGACAAUAUGUCCCUGCUUUGCAAACGUGA